AAUCCGCCUCCGGCGUUUCUGUACCGUCCCUUUCCUUUUUUCUUCGCGGGUUUUAAUUUCAUCCCCGCUUCCCCGAAGCUCAGAUCUGCGCGUGUUCGAAGCCCGUCUGGGCUCGUUUCGGCCGGAUCUGUGCGGAACCAGGCGCGACGUUUGAAUUUCCUGGCCUUUCGAUCCCCGAUUUUGGACGGGGUUUCGCGCGGCGGCUCCGAUUGGGCUGAGAGUGGGCCCGGCGACGGCGAAAGUUUUGCCGAUGGGGAUGCGCUCCUGGCCCAAUUUUUUUUUUCAGAUUUCAGAAUUCCAUCCACUCUAGUCCGUUUCUGCCGAGUUCGUGGUUAGGGGCGCGCAAGCGCGGGUUGAUUCGAAAGCUAUGGCCAUGCGGUCGCUCCGCCAACUAUUUAACUGUGCAGAUAGGUAGGCUAGAUUUAUAAUUUAAGCCUCUGGGAGAGGCCAUGGCUGGAGUGUUGGGGGAAUCUGGAGAGAGCAGCUUGAUUCGGUGGGUUUUGGGAACGACAUGGCGAUAGAGUUGCGGUGUUUGUUUGUUUGUUUGUUUGUUCCUACUCCUACAUAAUUAGAUGUGUAAGCUUUUGGUCUUGCAUAUUUGAGGCUCGCAUAAGUAUGUGGAAAGAUAAAUUUUCAUGCUUAAAGAACUGCAGUCUGUAGUAAGUAUAUGAACGCGCAAAUCUGUUGGAAAACGUAAAUUAUGCUUGCCUAGCCAAGGUAGUCAGGGUUGGACAGUCGGACUGUCCAUGGCCGAACCUGAACCAUGUAGCUAAUCGUGAAUUUCGAGUUCUGUCUCACCAUGGUUUAGAUUGUACGCUUCCUGCCAAUGAAUUUAAGUUUCAUAUUCACAAGGAACAAUAAAAAGUUGAGAUGUGGAUGAUCAAACUUCUCAGGAGAUGCUACCAAUUUAAGGACUAAAGCUGCCACAUGGGUCAUUCUGGAGAAACUGAAUUGGCAUUUGGUCUCAUUUUCCUAAAAAAGUUCCUCUGAAUGACGAUUUGCACUUCUAGCUACUAGUCUACCAGGAUGGCUGAGGAAACUGGCAACGAGACUCAGGUGGUUGUAGCUAAUGAGGUUGUUGACCCCAGUAAUGAGAUUGUUGACCCCAGUAAUGAGGUAGUCCAUGAUGAUGAAUUGGUCCAAGCUGAUGAGCUGACUCAAGGCGAGGAGUUAACACAUGGUGAAGAGUUGCUCGAAGGACAUGAGAUGGUCGUUGCUGAGGUGACCACCCCAAAAACCGCGAGGCGCCGGAGAAAAAAGUCCCUGGUGUGGGAGCACUUCACAAUUGAAGAUGCUCCUGGAGGGGCCACAAGGGCAUGCUGCAAACUGUGCAAGCAAACCUUUGCUUACAGCUCUGGUUCUAAAAUUGCAGGAACUAGUCAUCUCAAGAGGCACAUCACCUUAGGUUCAUGUCCUAAGAUAAAAAACCAAGAGCAUAAGCUAGCACUGGUUUCAGCAGCAGGGACUGACAAUGAUGGUGAGGGUACUGUGGAGCGACGGGCUAAGAGGCGUUACAGAUAUACUGGCUAUGCAAAUGCGUCUUUUGAUCAAGAUCGCAGUUGUUCAUACCUGGCGAAGAUGAUAAUUUUGCAUGACUACCCACUCCACAUUGUUCAGCAGCCAGCCUUCACUGUUUUCAUUGAUAGUCUGCAGCCUCGUUUCAGGGUUGUAGAUGUUGAUGCAAUGGAGGGGGAAGUGUAUGCUGUAUAUCAGAAAGAAAAGGAGAGCCUUCUGCAAGCAUUGAGCAGUAUGCCUGGAAGGAUAAGCCUCACUAUUGGAUUGUGGACAACUAGUCAAACUCUUGGUUAUGUUUCACUUGCUGGGCAGUUUAUUGACUCUGAAUGGAAAUUGCAUCGAAGAAUGCUUAACUUCAUGAUGGUUUCUUCUCCUCAUUCGGAGAAUGCGCUUAGUGAAGCUAUUAGCACAAGCCUUACUGACUGGAGUAUGAAGGAGAAGCUAUUCACGAUCACAUUGGAUAAUGAUUGCUCGUCGCAUGAUAUCUAUAGUGCUAAUCUGAGGGAUUAUCUGUCCAAUAAGAAUGACCUCAUGCUUAAGGGCCAGCUAUUUGUUGUCAGGUGCUAUGCCCAUAUUCUGAAUGCAGUUGCACAGGAUGUCAUUGCUUCAAUCCAUGGUGUCAUCUACAAUAUCCGUGAAAGCAUAAAAUUCAUAAAAGCUUCUCCUAGUCGUGAGGAAAAGUUUGCUGAGAUUGCUCUGCAGCUGGAGAUCCCUAGUACCAAGACCCUUUGUCUGGAUGUCACAACCCAGUGGAACACCACCUACCUGAUGCUUUUGGCUGCCUUGGAUUAUAAGCAGGCUUUCACUACACUAGAAACAUGUGAUGAUAACUACAAUGAAGCACCUUCAGCUGAGGACUGGAAAAAAGUUGAGGCUGCCUGCAAUUACUUGAAGCUGCUGUAUGACUCAGCUCAUAGCAUCAUGGCAGCAGCAAACCCAACUUCAAACAUAUUCUUCCAUGAAGCUUGGAAACUUCAGCUAGAGCUGGCAAAUUCCAUAGGACAUGAAGAUCCAGUUUUCAGUGGCAUUGCCAAAGAUAUGCAUGAGAGGUUUGACAAGUACUGGAAAGAUUGCAACCUCGUGUUAGCAGUUGCUGUUGUGAUGGAUCCACGUUUCAAGAUGAAGCUUGUUGAGUUCAGUUACUCAAAAAUUUAUGGUAUUGAGGCUGCAAAGUAUGUUAAGGUGGUAAAUGAUUCGGUGCAUGAGCUGUAUAAGGACUAUGUAGCACAGCCUCUCCCCUUAACACCGGCCUAUGUUGAACAAGGGGAGACGACUAAUAAUGCAGCUGCCAAUGGGAACAACCCUCGGGCAACUCAGCCAUCAACUGGUGAUGGUCUUCUAGACUUCGAUAUGUAUCUUUCCGAGAUUGCUACAAGCCAGCCGUCAAAAUCUGAACUAGAGCAGUACCUGGAUGAAUCCCUCACUCCGCGUAUCCAAGAGUUUGACAUUCUGAACUGGUGGAAGCUUAACACACUCAAGUUUCCAACACUUUCGAAGAUGGCUCGGGACAUCUUGGCCAUUCCAAUGUCCAUGGUAACCAUAGGCAGCUCUAUAUUUUCUGCAGGAACAGGAAGCCAUAUGCUAGAUGACUACAGAAGCUCACUUCGUCCGGAAAUUGUGGAGGCGCUUGUCUGCACGAAAGAUUGGCUUCAGUAUACAACAACUGCAUCUGAGACACCGAGUUCUGCGAUUGUCAAGGCGGAGUAGGCUCGCAUGCUGAAGUAUGCAUAUAUUUCUGGUACCUGUGGGUGGUAUUUAACUAUAGAUGUAUUUGGGCAGAGUUUGUGAACUGACCGUGAUCUGUUUCAGUUAUUCUGUCCUAGAUUGUAAUUUGCUAUGUAGUAGAACUCUGUUAACUCCUCGUGCUGUUGUGUACCCUUUUCCUGUGAUGUGUUUGUAAUCUGUGAUUGGAGACAUUGUCUGACGUUGCUUGGGACGUGGAUGUACAAGCUGCGUAAUGUACCAGCCGGUGGGCUUAUGUUUGUUUCUCC